AUGGUGGUCGACGGCGGCCUCGGCGUCGAAUAUAUCGACGAACGCCAAGAAGGCGGUGCCGCGCGCGUCUUUGUUCGUGCCGAUGCGGGUCUGACUUGCGAUCGGUCGGAAUGGCAAUCACCAGAGAGAGGUACAACAACCAAGCUUGGCGGACAUCGAUUCGGGCCGCUAACUCGAUUUUUGGGGUCCGUCGAGUACAGAUUCGGGCCGCGAUCAAGUUUGAGGGUUGGGUUGUCGGACCCAGUUAUCGGCGGCGAUUUCGAUGGCUCCGAUUUUGGCGUCCACCAACGGCGAUGCGAGGGACAGAGGGUUGCUCACAACGAAAUUUCGGGCGUUAGGGUUAGAAUUAGGAACAGAGUUUAUAUUUAG